CUCCAUACAUGAGUCCACGAUCAGAUACCAAGCACGAGCAAUGCUGCGAUUUCUAUCGCUGGUAUUCUUCAUAUUCGCCUUUGGCUUCGCCGAGCACACCUCUAACUGGGCUGUUCUUGUGUCCACGUCGCGCUUUUGGUUCAACUAUCGCCAUCUUGCCAAUGUUCUUUCGCUAUACCGCACUGUUAAACGUCUGGGAAUUCCAGACUCACAAAUCAUCCUAAUGCUUCCUGACGAUAUGGCAUGUAACCCACGCAACGCGUUCCCUGGCACAGUGUACAACAAUGCAGAUCGUGCUCUUGACCUAUAUGGCGACAAUAUCGAAGUUGAUUACAGAGGCUACGAAGUGACAGUUGAGAACUUCAUUCGCCUCAUGACGGACCGAGUUGGAGAGGACAUGCCGCGGAGUAAAAGACUGCUGACAGAUGACCGGAGCAAUAUCUUGGUCUACAUGACGGGCCACGGCGGCAACGAGUUUCUCAAAUUUCAAGACGCGGAGGAGAUCAGCGCUUUCGAUCUUGCAGAUGCCUUCGCACAGAUGUGGGAGAAGAAGCGAUAUCAUGAGAUACUCUUCAUGAUCGACACUUGUCAAGCCAACACCAUGUACUCCAAAUUCUACUCUCCUAACAUUAUAGCCACCGGGUCGUCCGAGAUCGAUCAAUCGUCGUAUUCUCACCACGCGGACAAUGACGUCGGUGUUGCCGUUAUCGACCGCUACACGUAUUACAACCUUGACUUCCUGGAGACUGAAGUUCGUGAGCCCUCGUCCAAGAAGACUAUUGGAGAUCUUUUCGACAGUUACGAUGAGAGCAAAAUACACAGUCACCCAGGUGUACGGUGGGAUCUUUUCCCCGGCGGGGAGGUUGAAGGACGGAAAAAACUCGUUAUGGAUUUUUUCGGCAAUGUGCAGAAUGUGGAGAUAAAUGAAGAGACUCAGAACAAGUGGAACGAGACAGCUUGGAGAGAAGAUCUGGUGCAACUGCAGAGGAUGAUUGACCAGGCGAAAAAGAGAUACAAUAGCAGUGUGAACCCGGAGUCGGAGAUUGCUAUAACCGAACAACACAUUCCGAUUAGAGGUGAGAGGGCGGCAAAAGUAGCUGCAGAAGAAACUUUGAGCAAGCAGAUUGCGGGUGCCGCGGCACUCUUGGGAUGUUUUGGCUUGUGGUUAGCCGCCUCGUGGUUCGAAACCGGCAAAUGAAGCACUGAAGUCGGAAAUGAGGGAAUGUAAAGUGAAUGUUGGACUAGUCGAACUGCGGUUCGCGCUAGAGUCACUCCUUGGGACAAAUUCAUGCAGACAAAUUCAUGCGAAAGGCCCAUAAUGCUCCCAUUGGACAUAACGUGCUAGUUCUUAAUCAGAAGGCAUACACUAGCAAACAGGUCAAGUCCUGGGGAUGGCGGGCGGGUUUGAGUCUCACAGGAGUUGAAAUAUGGAAUGAAGAGCCAAAAGGGACAUGCAUUUCAGCUGUUGGGUUCUUUCCGCACGUGGAUUGAAAAUUUUUUAAGACAAUAAGUUGCAUUAGGCGCAAUAUUAGAUCAUGUUGCGAUAGCUCUUUGCCUUGCUUGUUCAGUUUGGCGACAUCACAGCCUUCGUUUUCACUGCCCAGAGUUUUUUGUGCGCUUCUUCUGCUUUGAAAUCCACAUCAUAACUUGUUUAUUCAAUUGAACUUUGUUGCUUCCAACGUCCUAGAACGAAUGCAAUCCACAUAUAGUUGAUAUAUCUCGUAAGUAU